ACUUCCGCUGUCCCGAGGCGGGCGGGGUGGGGGGGGAAGCGAACUGUUGUGGUGAGGUGCCUUGAGCGAGCGGCGGCCGGGCGGGCCAGUGGCUGCCGCGGGUCUCCAGACGCAGCCGACUUGCUGCAGGGGUGGGGUGGGCCGGACGCGCCGCGGGGCCCGGGCGCCGCGGGUUCGAGGCCGGGCCCCGCGCGGGGAGGCCGCGCCACCCCAGGGGAGCUGCUGGGCAGCGAGUUUGCCCCACAACCGAAAGAAGGCGGGAGCCGGCGGGGGCCUUCGAAACCCCCUGGCAGCAGGACCCGGAGUCCCCGGGAGGCAGCCGCGUCCUGGGACGCGUCCCCGGGCGCCCAGCCGUAGGGGACGAUUCUCGGCCCCCGGCCGAAGGCGCCUCCGAGUGACCCCCGGCGGGGCCCUGCGAGCCGCGGAGCUGACCCCGGGGCCUGGCGCGGAGCGGCAGGGGCUCUCCAAAGACGCAGGGCCCGGGGCCGAAGGGUCCAGGCCUCUAGCACGCCGGGCAGCGCAGUGCCUAGCUGGGGACGGACUCUGGGACUCUUGGGCGUGGGGGUCUCGGCGACCUGCCCCGCGGGGAGCGCGGCCGCGGAGUGGCCUAGAGGGGCCCUCCCCCAGAGGGGCCGGCCCGGCGCGGGGAGAUGAACGGCUUCAGCACGGAGGAGGACAGCCGCGAAGGGCCCCCCGCCGCCCCAGCCGCCGCCCCAGGCUACGGCCAGAGCUGCUGCCUCAUCGAGGACGGCGAGCGCUGCGUCCGGCCCGCGGGCAACGCCUCCUUCAGCAAGAGGGUCCAGAAGAGCAUCUCGCAGAAGAAACUCAAGCUGGACAUCGACAAGAGCGUAAGGCACCUGUAUAUCUGCGAUUUCCACAAAAAUUUCAUUCAGAGUGUCCGAAAUAAAAGAAAGAGGAAGACAAGUGAUGAUGGUGGAGAUUCUCCUGAGCAUGACACUGAUAUUCCUGAGGUCGAUCUAUUCCAGCUGCAGGUGAAUACUCUCCGACGUUAUAAACGACACUACAAGUUGCAGACCAGACCAGGCUUCAAUAAGGCCCAGUUAGCAGAAACUGUCAGCCGACACUUCAGGAACAUACCUGUGAAUGAAAAAGAGACCCUUGCCUACUUCAUCUACAUGGUAAAAAGUAACAAGAGUAGACUGGACCAGAAAUCGGAAGGCAGCAAGCAGCUGGAGUAAGGAAGAAAUGCAUCUUAAAGGAAUGAAGUAUAAUAGUUAAUGCACAGGUGAUGUCUGCUACAUUUAAGCCCAUAAAGACUGUUAAAUUUUACUGUAAAUAAAAAGUGUGAAUGAUGAA